AUGACCGUUUCUGAUUAUGCGAUGAAGUUCGAGCACCUAGCUCGUUUUUAUUCGCAAGGCAUUGCCGAGGCUUGGAAGUGUCGGAAGUUUGCAGAGGGAUUGAAAUAUGAUCUGAGGAGAGUGGUGGUGCCUAUGGCCAUCACUGAAUUUCCAGCCUUGGUGGAGAAGGCGAAGGUGGUUGAGCGGUUGGAAGGUGGUAACCGCGGGGUGAAGGCUGCUGAGGGGCCAUCCGGGCAACCUGCUGGUGCUGCUGCUAGUGGAGGACAGGGUGGAGGUGCUGCCCUGAGAUGUUACAGGUGUGGUGGGUCCCAUAUGAUCAGGGAUUGUCCCCACACAGAGAAUCGGUGUUUCAGAUGCCAACAGAUGGGCCAUGUAUCUUCCAACUGCCCCGCCAGGACCAGACCAGAGAGGAGUGAUGCUCAGAGAGGAGGUGCUCAGAGGGGUGGCAGACCCACCACAGCUGGUAUGGUCUUUGCUUUGACCGGUGCUGAGGCUUCAACUUCUUCGGACCUGGUGAAGGGAAAGGGCAGAGCUGCUGGUAAGGAUGUGGUAUUUUUGUUUGAUUCUGGAGCUUCCCACUCUUUUAUCUCUUAUGCUUGUGUUGCUAUGCUGGAUGUACCUGUGUGUGAUCUGGGGCUGAGACUGCUAGUGUCGACGCCUGCGUCUACUUCAGUAGUUGCUUCUGAGUUGUGUGUUGGUUGCCCUAUCGAUGUGAAUGGGAAGAGGUAUAAGAACCCGGGAAGAACAUGGAGAGCACUUGAGGUCGGUGCUGGAGAUUUUGAAGGAGAAGCAGUUGUGGAGUCGGUGUUGCAAUGGGAGCGCCCGAGGACUGUCACUGAUAUACGGAGUUUCGUGGGUCUGGCAGGUUAUUAUCGGCGGUUCAUUGAGGGAUUCUCCAGGAUAGUAGUGCCUCUGACCCAGUUGACGAGGAAGGAGCAGCCGUUCAUUUGGACAGAUGCCUGUGAGUGA